AACAGGGCCAGUUGUCAUAACUUCCAAUCCCACAACAUCAACCACAAUUACAAAGGCACCCAUUACAACUACAGAGGUAACUACACCUACCACAGGUGGAACUACAACAGUUGAAGAAACCACAACUGAGACAAUUCCAUCUACAUCCACAAAGCCACCUAAAGAAGUCACCUCCGGCCCAACAACCACUUCCACCACUGUAAAUGUUGAAACCUCAACAUCACAGCCCACAGCAACAGGUGAAGAAACAUCAGGGCCAAUAGUCAUAACAUCCAAUCCCACUACUUUAACAACAACUACAAUUGCACCAACAACAACGACACCUACCACAGGUGGAACUACAACAGUUGAAGAAACCACAACUGAGACAAUUCCAUCUACAUCCACAAAGCCACCUAAAGAAGUCACCUCCGGCCCAACAACCACUUCCACCACUGUAAUUGUUGAAACGUCUACAUCAACAUCACAGCCCACAGCAACAGGUGAAGAAACCACAGGGCCAGUUGUCAUAACUUCCAAUCCAGCAACAUCAACCACAAUUACAAAUGCACCCAUUACAACUACAGAGGUAACUACACCUACCACAAGUGGAACUACAACAGUUGAAGAAACCACAAUUGAGACAAUUCCAUCUACAUCCACAAAGCCACCUAAAGAAGUCACCACCGGCCCAACAACCACUUCCACCACUGUAAUUGUUGAAACCUCUACAUCAACAUCACAGCCCACAGCAACAGGUGAAGAAACAACAGGGCCAGUAUUCAUAACAUCCAAUCCCACUACUUUUACAACAACUACUGAGGUAACUACACCCACCACAGGUGGAACUACAAGAACUGAAGAAACCACAACUGAGACAAGUCCAUCUACAUCCACAAAGCCACCUAAAGAAGUCACCUCCGGCCCAACAACCACUUCCACCACUGUAAAUGUUGAAACCUCAACAUCACAGCCCACAGCAACAGGUGAAGAAACAACAGGGCCAGUUGUCAUAACUUCCAAUCCCACAACAUUAACCACAAUUACAAAGGCACCCAUUACAACUACAGAGGUAAUUACACCAACCACAGGUGGAACUACAAAUGUUGAAGAAACCACAAUAGAGACAAGUCCAUCUACAUCCACAAUGGCACCUAAAGUUGUCACCACUGGCCCAACAACCACUUCCACCACUGUAAUUGUUGAAACCUCUACCUCAACAUCACAGCCCACAACAACAGGUGAAGAAACAACAGGGCCAGUUGGCAUUACUUCCAGUCCCACAACUUCAACCACAACAACUGCAGAAGUAAUUACACCAACCACAGGUGGAACUACAAAAGUUGAAGAAACCACAACUGAGACUAUUACAUCUACAUCCACAAUGCCACCUAAAGAAGUCACCACUGGCCCAACAACCACUUCCACCACUGUAAUUGUUGAAACCUCUACCUCAACAUCACAGCCCACAACAACAGGUGAAGAAACAACAGAGCCAGUUGGCAUUACUUCCAAUCCCACGACUUCAACCACAACAACUGCAGAAGUAAUUACACCAACCACAGGUGGAACUACAAAAGUUGAAGAAACCACAAGAGAGACUAUUACAUCUACAUCCACAAUGCCACCUAAAGAAGUCACCACUGGCCCAACAACCACUUCCACCACUGUAAUUGUUGAAACCUCUACCUCAACAUCACAGCCCACAACAACAGGUGAAGAAACAACAGAGCCAGUUGGCAUUACUUCCAAUCCCACGACUUCAUCCACAACAACUGCGGAGGUAAUUUCACCAACCACAGGUGGAACUACAAAUGUUGAAGAAACCACAAUAGAGACAAGUCCAUCUACAUCCACAAUGGCACCUAAAGUUGUCACCACUGGCCCAACAACCACUUCUACCACUGUAAUUGUUGAAACCUCUACCUCAACAUCACAGCCAACAACAACAGGUGAAGAAACAACAGAACCAGUUGGCAUUACUUCCCAUCCCACAACUUCAACCACAACAACUGCAGAAGUAAUUACACCAACCACAGGUGGAACUACAAAAGGUGAAGAAACCACAACUGAGACUAUUACAUCUACAUCCACAACGCCACCUAAAGAAGUCACCACUGGCCCAACAACCACUUCCACCACUGUAAUUGUUGAAACCUCUACAUCAACAUCACAGCCCACAGCAACAGGUGAAGAAACAUCAGGGCCAAUAGUCAUAACAUCCAAUCCCACUACUUUAACAACAACUACAAUUGCACCUACAACAAUGACACCUACCACAGGUGGAACUACAACAGUUGAAGAAAACACAACUGAGACAAUUCCAUCUACAUCCACAAAGCCACCUAAAGAAGUCACCUCCGGCCCAACAACCACUUCCACCACUGUAAUUGUUGAAACCUCAACAUCACAGCCCACAGCAACAGGUGAAGAAACAACAGGGCCAGUUGUCAUAACUUCCAAUCCCACAACAUUAACCACAAUUACAAAGGCACCCAUUACAACUCCAGAGGUAACUACACCUACCACAGGUGGAACUACAACAGUUGAAGAAACCACAACUGAGACAAUUCCAUCUACAUCCACAAAGCCACCUAAAGAAGUCCCCACCGGCCCAACAACCACUUCCACCACUGUAAUUGUUGAAACCUCUACAUCAACAUCACAGCCCACAGCAACAGGUGAAGAAACAUCAGGGCCAAUAGUCAUAACAUCCAAUCCCACUACUUUAACAACAACUACAAUUGCACCUACAACAACGACACCUACCACAGGUGGAACUACAACAGUUGAAGAAACCACAACUGAGACAAUUCCAUCUACAUCCACAAAGCCACCUAAAGAAGUCACCACCGGCCCAACAACCACUUCCACCACUGUAAUUGUUGAAACCUCUACAUCAACAUCACAGCCCACAGCAACAGGUGAAGAAACAUCAGGGCCAAUAGUCAUAACAUCCAAUCCCACUACUUUAACAACAACUACAAUUGCACCAACAACAACGACACCUACCACAGGUGGAACUACAACAGUUGAAGAAACCACAACUGAGACAAUUCCAUCUACAUCCACAAAGCUACCUAAAGAAGUCCCCACCGGCCCAACAACCACUUCCACCACUGUAAUUGUUGAAACCUCAACAUCAACAUCACAGCCCACAGCAACAGCUGAAGAAACCACAGGGCCAGUUGUCAUAACUUCCAAUCCAGCAACAUCAACCACAAUUACAAAGGCACCCAUUACAACUACAGAGGUAACUACACCUACCACAAGUGGAACUACAACAGUUGAAGAAACCACAAUUGAGACAAUUCCAUCUACGUCCACAAAGCCACCUAAAGAAGUCACCUCCGGCCCAACAACCACUUCCACCACUGUAAAUGUUGAAACCUCAACAUCACAGCCCACAGCAACAGGUGAAGAAACAUCAGGACCAAUAGUCAUAACAUCCAAUCCCACUACUUUAACAACAACUACAAUUGCACCAACAACAACGACACCUACCACAGGUGGAACUACAACAGUUGAAGAAACCACAACUGAGACAAUUCCAUCUACAUCCACAAAGCCACCUAAAGAAGUCACCACCGGCCCAACAACCACUUCCACCACUGUAAUUGUUGAAACCUCUACAUCAACAUCACAGCCCACAGCAACAGGUGAAGAAACAUCAGGGCCAAUAGUCAUAACAUCCAAUCCCACUACUUUAACAACAACUACAAUUGAACCAACAACAACGACACCUACCACAGGUGGAACUACAACAGUUGAAGAAACCACAACUGAGACAAUUCCAUCUACAUCCACAAAGCUACCUAAAGAAGUCCCCACCGGCCCAACAACCACUUCCACCACUGUAAUUGUUGAAACCUCUACAUCAACAUCACAGCCCACAGCAACAGGUGAAGAAACAUCAGGACCAAUAGUCAUAACAUCCAAUCCCACUACUUUAACAACAACUACAAUUGCACCUACAACAACGACACCUACCACAGGUGGAACUACAACAGUUGAAGAAACCACAACUGAGACAAUUCCAUCUACAUCCACAAAGCCACCUAAAGAAGUCCCCACCGGCCCAACAACCACUUCCACCACUGUAAUUGUUGAAACCUCAACAUCAACAUCACAGCCCACAGCAACAGCUGAAGAAACCACAGGGCCAGUAGUCAUAACAUCCAAUCCAGCAACUUCAACAACAAUUACAAAGGCACCCAUUACAACUACAGAGGUAACUACACCUACCACAAGUGGAACUACAACAGUUGAAGAAACCACAAUUGAGACAAUUCCAUCUACGUCCACAAAGCCACCUAAAGAAGUCACCUCCGGCCCAACAACCACUUCCACCACUGUAAAUGUUGAAACCUCAACAUCAACAUCACAGCCCACAGCAACAGGUGAAGAAACAACAGGGCCAGUAUUCAUAACAUCCAAUCCCACUACUUUUACAACAACUACAGAGGUAACUACACCCACCACAGGUGGAACUACAAGAACUGAAGAAACCACAACUGAGACAAGUUCAUCUACAUCCACAAAGCCACCUAAAGAAGUCACCUCCGGCCCAACAACCACUUCCACCACUGUAAUUGUUGAAACCUCAACAUCACAGCCCACAGCAACAGGUGAAGAAACAACAGGGCCAGUUGUCAUAACUUCCAAUCCCACAACAUUAACCACAAUUACAAAGGCACCCAUUACAACUACAGAGGUAACUACACCUACCACAGGUGGAACUACAACAGUUGAAGAAACCACAACUGAGACAAUUCCAUCUACAUCCACAAAGCCACCUAAAGAAGUCCCCACCGGCCCAACAACCACUUCCACCACUGUAAUUGUUGAAACCUCAACAUCACAGCCCACAGCAACUGGUGAAGAAACAUCAGGGCCAAUAGUCAUAAUAUCCAAUCCCACUACUUUAACAACAACUACAAUUGCACCUACAACAACGACACCUACCACAGGUGGAACUACAACAGUUGAAGAAACCACAACUGAGACAAUUCCAUCUACAUCCACAAAGCCACCGAAAGAAGUCACCAGCGGCCCAACAACCACUUCCACCACUGUGAUUGUUGAAACGUCUACAUCAACAUCACAGCCCACAGCAACAGCUGAAGAAACCACAGGGCCAGUUGUCAUAACAUCCAAUCCACAACAUCAACCACAAUUACAAAGGCACCCAUUACAACUACAGGGUAACGACACCUACCACAGGUGGAACUACAACAGUUGAAGAAAACACAAUUGAGACAAUUCCAUCUACGUCCACAAAGCCACCUAAAGAAGUCACCUCCGGCCCAACAACCACUUCCACCACUGUAAAUGUUGAAACCUCAACAUCACAGCCAACAGCAACAGGUGAAGAAACAACAGGGCCAGUAUUCAUAACAUCCAAUCCCACUACUUUUACAACAACUACAGAGGUAACUACACCCACCACAGGUGGAACUACAAGAACUGAAGAAACCACAACUGAGACAAGUUCAUCUACAUCCACAAAGCCACCUAAAGAAGUCACCUCCGGCCCAACAACCACUUCCACCACUGUAAUUGUUGAAACCUCAACAUCACAGCCCACAGCAACAGGUGAAGAAACAACAGGGCCAGUUGUCAUAACUUCCAAUCCCACAACAUUAACCACAAUUACAAAGGCACCCAUUACAACUCCAGAGGUAACUACACCUACCACAGGUGGAACUACAACAGUUGAAGAAACCACAACUGAGACAAGUUCAUCUACAUCCACAAA